UAUUAGCGUGACAACUUACUGCUUAUCACAUUUGCGGCUAACUCUAUUCAUGUGACACAAACUUAUCAGUUAUCUGCUGCUUAAUAAGGUGAAGUCACUAGUGAUAUAUCCUACUUUUCACAUCCCAUGUCGCCAAAUGUUGGAAAAAGCAUCACACCGAGCAUGCCGCCAGAGUUGAACGAUGCAAUGAUGGAAUGGAAUACAAAUGUUAAGCAAGAGAACCAGCGUCCACCGGUUUUUAAUCCAGAGGAUUAUGUGUUUUCGCUGAAAAAGUAUGGUCGCCGAGGAUCAAAUGGAUGCUUCAAAUCAAUUUACGACAUAAACGCCAACGAAGUUACAGCAAAAAAUGACAAAAGUAAGAAUGAGAACGCCCACAACCGCUCACAUACUCUGCCCCUCAAAACCAUAGAUCAUCGUUCAACGAUUGCUGCGCCUGCCUCAAUGGAUUGUGAAAUGUCUCUUCGACAGUUCGGCAGCGUAACAGAUUUGUUGACCAAGCUGCGUUCCGAUCUGCGCGCUUCUUUUCCAAGUUUUGUUCAGGAGUUUGUGUCCAGUCCUCUAGAUGGAGUCAGCUUGAUGCUGGAGGUACUGCGUGCAGUUCAACUUAGUCAAAGCGCUCCUUUAAACGGUACCACAACGAUGCCUCCGGGCGGUAUGCCUCGGAACAAUCAGUCCUACCAACGUCGAGCCCUUCUAGACGAACUGGCAUGCUUACAAUGUUUAAGCAUCUGUUGCACUAGAAGUCCAGAGGCAGGAGCCCGCUUGGGCACGACAUCGAUAGGAUUACUUCCGCUGGCUGCUGCGGCAACAGGCACCGGAAUACGAUCAAGGAUCGUCGCACUGCAGCUGCUCACGAUUGCCUGUGACAAAUCAGGUGAUGGAACGCAGCGAAUUCAGUUGCAUGGCCAUACGGCAGUUUCGGAGGCCCUGUCGACGCUAAGGUUGCGAUGCGCUGAACCGGUCCGGUUUCGGCUGCUCGUGGGAAUGCUAAACAGCGGUGGUGGUUCAGGAGAACUGCAGGCUGUCGGAAUGAGAUUCAUCAAUACCUUUCUUGAGAGUGCUGAAAACGUACAAACUCGCCUUUACCUGCAGGCUGAGCUCUUCCAGGCCGGAUUGGAUCCAUCACAAAUGUGCAAAACCAUAUCUUCAACAUCACCGUGGCUAGAGCGAUUGCGUUCGGAGGUGAAGCGUUGGGAUGCCAUAAGGAUUGAUAUAGAACAGUUACAGCUCCAGGCACGUUCAGCUGAGCAAGUUCGUAGUCGAUUGGUGAUUUUGGAGCGACGAGUACAAAUACUGCAUGAAGAAAAGAGUGUUCUCUCGACAAUGGAACGGCGUCUCCAAGAACGAUGUGCUGAAUUGCAGCGGGAGGUGUUACGUCUAAAAGGGACGAACAGUAAAGCUAAUGGAAGCGGUUCUCAUGAGAAUUCGAACACUUCCAGCUUGGAAAAGCGUCCCGUUGCUUUACCGCGCCAGGUACCUCCUGAAGCAAAACGAAACACCUCCUCAGAGAAUGACGACGAAGGCAUCAGCAGCUCAGAGACCGGUCAAUCAUCCACGCCCGAACCUCCAAGGUUGUAUCCAGCGAAGGAUUCCAGUUCAAGUUCGCAUAAAUUUAGCAUAUCAUUAACUCAGAAAAAUACCGCUCCAACGGAUGAAGUAAGCGGGCACACGGAGGAAGAAACAAACGACACGAUCGAUGACGUUAUCGAGGAGUUGCAGAACAUUGUGAAUGAUGCGGAGCGCGAAAUUUCUGAUCAGAAUGAGGUCCUCUACAACCAUCUAGAUGAUAUUCCUGAACAAAUACUAUACAGCCUAGAGAUCAACAACGAAAAUGAGAUCGUUCCGGUCAAUCUAUUGCCUCAUCCACCGCGCAAGUCACGCUCACUUGCACAUUUGAUUUCAAAUCCAUCGGACGGUGAAGGUUCGGGUUACGAUAUGCUGCUGGCCAACAAUGAAACCAAGGUGGAUUUUUUCGAUGAAGAAGACGAAGAGAACAGAGCUGCACAGUUGAAGCAAUCAUUUGGAGAAAAUUGUACGGCCAGCAGCUAUUUUGUAGCGGCACCCGGAGCGGAUGUAUCAACCAAGCCUACGCUAGACUCCGUUCCGAUGGCUUUACCCGGUCCGGACAUUAUCAGCUCAGCAGCGGAAGGGACGGUCAACAGCGAUCUAGUACCGUUGCAUCAUCACCAUUCUCGCGAUAGCCAUUUCGUCUCGCAACCGAAAGACUCCAAUCGCGCCAUUCUAAACGUUAUUAUGGAUGCGCGUGAUAAAGAGUCGAGGCUACUUCGAGCACAAUCACUCGAAAGGGAACAGCAGGUGACACAACCAGCACCACAGCAAUUCAACGGUGUGUUCUUUAUGACCGACAUGAACAAUACUGGAAAGCAUCCAAAACCGGACAUAUCAGCUGCGCUAGAUGCAAAAAAGGUGACGAAAAAUUUGGAUCGACUUGGAGCGUAUGGCAUCGAUUCUAUGAUUGAUAUUGUAAUGACGAACGAGCAGCGACUGAACAAGGCGAAUGCAUGCAGAGCUAUGUCGAGUAAGCUCACAGGAAAUCCUAACUUUAAAUUGAAUAACGUGUACUCCUCUGCGAAAACAGCAGAACAGCAUACCAUGGCACAAUUGAGAACGCUGAUACCGGAGUUGGCGGAGAAGGCACAGAAUGAGUUGAACGAAGUGCCCAAUCGUAUUCCUGAAGAUCUGGCUGCGCUGCGCUCGUGGUUGAUAAAGCAGUCCCACCUCAAUCCACGCACGGAUGAUCAGUUUUUGGUGAACUUUUUACGCGGCUGUAAGUACAGUCUGGAGAAGACGAAAGAAAAGCUGGACAAUUACUACACCGUUAAGACGGCCAUCCCUGAGUUUUUCGAAAACCGUGAUCCGUGCAAUGAAGCACUGCAAAUGUACAUGGCGUUCGGAGUCAACCUUCCUCUACCGCACACCCUUGAGGUUGACGGACCUCGUUUCAUGCUGGUUCGCAUGGGUGCGUACGAUGCUUCGAAAUACUCGAUAGUACACGUGAUGAAAGUGUGUUAUAUGAUAACUGACCUGUUGUUGGUUAACGACGACACAUCCAUCAUCGCUGGACAUCAAGUUUUGGUUGAUCUAUGUGGUUUAACCUUUGCUUGUAUGUCACAGUUUAGCCCAACAUUCAUCAAAAAAAUGACUUCGGUUAUCGAGGCUUUCCCUAUUCGUACCAGAGGAAUUCACUUCAUCAACCCUUCGUCGGGCUUCGACGCUCUCUAUAAGUUGUUUCACGGGUUUUUGAGCAAAAAAAUUCAAGAACGAAUACAGGUACACGAAUCCUUCGAAGCGCUGCACAAGGUCAUUCCUAAAAAGUACCUGCCGGAAGAAUAUGGCGGUAGCGGUGGUCGAUUGGAUGAUAUCAUUAACGACUGGCAGCGGAAACUGAUCGCCAAUCGAGACUUUUUCGCCGAAGAUGCCAAGUAUCGUAACGACGAACGAAAACGACCAGGAAAACCGAAAAAUGCGAGCAAUUUAUUCGGAGUGGAAGGGUCGUUUCGGUCGCUAGAGUUUGAUUAGCUUGCAAAUAGGAACUACAAUUAUUGACAACAAGGAAAAUAUAUAGAUUUAUAAGGUAAAAACAUGCUUCAAAUAAAUGAUUCUUAUGCGCGUUACGAAAAUAGUUGUAACUCGCCCAGUUA